GGGGAUAAUUCUUCUUCGCCAUUUUGCUUUCUUGUUGCUGCUCAGUGGUGUCGUGCUUUUUGUGGACUACAUUUUUAAACAAGAUGGCAUCCAAACGGUCGGUGGCUUCAAAUGCUUCCCCCAGCGAACCGAAGCGUCGAAGGAAAACUCUGACCAUUAUUGAAAAGGUGGAACUCCUUGACAUGUUGAAGUUAGGUCAAAGCUACACGAGUGUCGGCCGUCAUUACGGAAUCAACGAAUCGACAGUUCGCUGCAUAAAGAAGGAGGAAAAAAACAUCAGGGCGACGGCAGCGAUUACUCUUAAUAGGAACGCGAAGAGGGUGAUGACUCCGCGGAAUAAGACCAUUGUGAAGAUGGAGUCUGUACUGGCGGUGUGGAUCGGUGAAUGCAAGAAUAACAACAUCCCGCUGGACGCCAACAUCAUCCGCGCGAAGGCGAAGAAUAUAUAUGAAGAUUUUGUUAAAAAUUAUGACUGUGACGACGUCGAAGAAGGUACAUCGACUUCAUUUAUUGCCAGCAAGGGCUGGUUCGACAAGUUCCAGAGACGCUUUAAAAGCGUUUCUCUGCAUAGAGAAGACGCCUCGGUGGAUUAUGUCGCGAUCAAGGAAUUUGUCCACUCCACGUUUAAAACUAUUGUCCGAGAAAGAAGCUACCAGCCCGAGCAAGUUUUCAACAUGGCCGAAACUGGUUUAUUUUGGAAGCGAAUGCCGUCUCGCACUUUUAUUAUGAAGGAGGAAGCCAACGCUCCUGGAUUUAAGGCUCAAAAAGAUCGCUUGACUUUAGUUAUGUGUGGGAAUGCUGCCGGAUUUAUGAUAAAGCCAGGGAUUAUUUAUAAAUCCGAAAACCCAAAGGCCCUGAAAAAUAAGAAUAAAAACGUGCUGCCUGUGUUCUGGAUGCAUAAUCCAAAGGCCAGGAUGACAAACUCACUUAUCUCAAAUUGGUUCCACCAGUGUUUUAUACCGGAAGUCAGACUGUAUCUGGCAGAGAAAGGACUCGAAUUUAAAGUACUUUUGCUCUUGGAUAAUACUGAAGGCUACACUGUUGAUGUGUCAUUUGAUGGCGUGCAGAUAGAGUUCUUGCCCUCAAACACCACCUCGCUAAUUCAGCCCAUGGAUCAAGGUGUUAGUCUUGCAUUUAAAGCUCUUUACACACAAAGUAUUCUGCAAAACCUUGUCGAUGCAAAGGACUCUGAUGAGAACUUCACACUAAAAGCGUACUGGCGUGACUACACCAUUGCGUCGUGUCUCCUAAAUAUACAGAGAGCCGUAAGUGAGAUCGAGAGUGAAACAUUAAAUUUGUGCUGGAAAAAGAUGUGGCCGGAAGUGGCGCACAACAAGGGAUUGACUCCUGAUGAAGUCCAUCGCUGUGCAGUUGACAAGGUGGUGAAGCUGGCAAAAAUGCUGCGAGGAGAGGGCUUCAAUGACAUGACUUCUUUUGACGUAAAUGAGCUGAUCGACGCCCACUCGCAACCAUUGUCAGAUGAAGACCUGAAGGAUUUGAUGACGUCUGCAAGGGAAGAAGAGGAGCAAGAGCUAUUGGGCGUUGAGGAGGAUGCUGAGGUUGGUCUGACACUGGAUCGCCUCGCAGCCAUGGUCAGAAUGGCCAAAGAAGUACAGCAGAUGGCACAAGAAUGGGACCCCCACAUGCUUCGUUCGUUGCAGUUUUCAAAUACCAUCGAGGGUGGCAUGACUGUUUAUAAAAACCUUCUUGCCCAGAUGAAGAAGAAGAAGCAGCAGCAACUUCCAGUCACUACGUUGAUCGCGCGUGAGAAGAGGUCAUUUACUCACAUCAUUGAGGAACAUCUUUCCCAUCAGCCACAGGAGUGGAGUCCUAAACGGAAGCAAGAGGAGCCACAGCCCCCACAUAUUAAAAAGGAAGAGGAGGAACACUGCAUCAUUCAGAAGGGAGAACAUUUUGAAGGGUUUGAAGUGUUCCCAGUGAUUGAUGCCUUUGUGAAGAGUGAGGAUGAUCAAGAAGAAAGUGGAGGAUCACAUUUAGACAAUCUCUUAGCCCCGAUAUCAGAUGACGACACAAUGUCACACUUUCCUGACACAGAUGAUGAUGAAGACUCUAAAGCUGAUAUGUCAUGUGAAACUAACAACACACAAUACACACUGGAGAGAAACCUUUUUCCUGUUCAGUGUGUAGUAUAGGUUUUGCGUGAUAACAUUUUUAAGAACAGACUGGACAGAAACUGUUUAUAUGCUCAGUGUGUGGUGAAAGUUGCACACAGAAAGCAAACUGCAUACAUUGGAUACAAAACAAACUUUUGUGUUCAAUCUGAAACAAACACUUCAGUGACCGAAGAACACCUUAGCACACAUGGGGAGACACACUAGUUAGAACAUGUUGAGUUGGAGUGUGUGUGAUUACAGAUUUCACCAGUUUGACAAUCAGUGUGCUGGUUUGAAACUGCAGCUGUAAAUUAAGUUAAGUACCAAUGAUUGUCACACACACACUAGGUGUGGCAAAAUUAUUUUCUGCAUUUGACCCAUCAUUUUUGGUGAUUUAACCCUCAAUUCCAACUCUUGAUGCUGAGUGCCAAGCAGGGAGGUAAUGGAGCUACAUCACAUAUUUUCAGUUUCUCAUUUCAACACGUUCAAAAAGGAGUAGGAAGAAUCAGAAUCAGAAAUACUUAAUUCAUCCUCGAAGGGAAAUUAAAAUUUUCAGCACAAUCCCAUUCAAGAUCAGACAAACAUUACAGGGAGACAGAAAAGGAUCGCAGAGCUUAUUUAAUCCUACCCCUUUCCCACUUAAUUUUGACUGUCUAACAACAUCACCUGGGUUUACAUUAGAUCCCUUUUCCUGGAUCUAUAAAACGCGUUUCCAUAUGAGUUGGGAAAUUGUGUUGGAUGUAAUUAUAAACGGAAUACAAUUAUUUGCAAAUCCUUUUCAACCCACAUUUAAUUGAAUGCACCACAAAGACAAUAUAUUUGAUGUUCAAACUCAUAAACUUAAUUUUUUUUUGCAAAUAAUAAUUAACUUAGAAUUUCAUGGCUGCAAGAGAUGCCAAAGUAAAUGGGAAAGGGCAUGUUGACAACUGUGUUACAUCACCUUUUCUUUUAACAACACUCAAUAAACUGAGGUAACUAAUUGUUGAAGCUUUGAAAGUGGAAUUCUUUCCCAUUCUUGUUUUAUGUAGAGCUUCAUCCGCUGUCGUAUUUUACGCUUCAUAAUGCGCCACACAUUUUCGAUGGGAGACAGGUCUGGACUGCAGGCGGGCCAGGAAAGUACCCGCACUCUUUUUUUUUUUUUACAAAGCCACGCUGUUUUAACACAUGCUGAUAGUGGCUUGGAAUUCUCUUGCUGAAAUUAGCAGGGGCGUCCAUGAAAAAGACGGCGCUUAGAUGGCAGCAUAUGUUGUUCUAAAACCUGUAUGUACCUUUCAGCAUUAGUGGUGCCUUCACAGAUGUGUAAGUUACCCAUGCCUUGGGCACUAAUGCACCCCCAUGCCAUCACAGAGGCUGGCUUUUGAACUUUGCGUCGAUAACAGUCAGGAUGGUUCGCUUCCCCUUUGGUCCAGAUGACACAAUGUCGAAUAUUUCCAAAAACAAUUUGAAAUGUGGACUAAUCAGACCACAGAACACUUUUCCACUUUGCAUCAGUCCAUUUUAGAUGAUCUCGGGCCCAGAGAAGCCGGCGACAUUUCUGGAUGUUGUUGAUAAAUGGCUUUCGCUUUGCAUACAGAGUUUUAACUUGCACUUAGAAGUAGCGACAAAUUGUAUUUAGUGACAGUGGUUUUCUGAAGUGUUCCUGAGCCCAGGUGGUGAUAUCCUUUACAGUGCCGUCUGAGGGAUCAAAGGUCACGGUCAUUCAAUUUUGGUUUCCAGCCAUGCCGCUUACGUGGAGUGAUUUCUCCAGAUUUUCUGAAACUUUUGAUGAUAUUAUGGACCGUAGAUGAUGAAAUCCUUAAAUUUCUUACAAUUGCACUUUGAAGAAUGUUUUUCUUAAACUGUUUGACUAUUUGCUCACGCAGUUGUGGACAAAGGGGUGUACCUCACCCCAUCCUUUCUUGUGAAAGACUGAGCAUUUUUUGGGAAGCUGUUUUUAUACCCAAUCAUGGCACCCACCUGUUCCCAAUUAGCCUGCACACCUCUGGGAUGUUCCAAAUAAGUGUUUGAUGAGCAUUCCUCAACUUGAUCAGUAUUUAUUGCCACCUUUCCCAACUUCUUUGUCACGUGUUGCUGGCACCAAAUUCUAAAGUUAAUGAUUAUUUGCACAAUUUUUUUUUUUAUCAGUUUGAACAUCAAAUAUGUUUUCUUUGUAGCAUACUUAAAUGAAUAUGGGUUGAAAAUGAUUUGGAAAUCAUUGUAUUCCGUUUAUAUUUACAUCUAACACAAUUUCCCAACUCAUAUGGAAAUGGGGUUUGUAUAUAUAAAAUAAACAAAGUGCAAAGCCAUAGGCUCACUCAAUUUCAGUAAAUAACUCAAAUUUGGAACACAGCAUCAUCAUUUUCACAGCGUUUUUGUUGUUAGAGGUAGAGAGCGUUUUAAUGUAGAGUUCUAAAUCUUUUUUAAAGGCACAAAAGACAGGUCGGGUAUUGAGAAACUUACAUUUAUGAAUAUAAAACUUAGCCAAUAGAAUAAUAAGGUUGCAAAUGUAAAAUUAAUUUUCAAAUUUUUGUUCAUAUAUUGCAAAACCAAAUAUCACAUUUUUUUAAAACAAAGCACACAUUUGAAACGACAGAUGCUCUGCCAUAGUGCACAAGCUGAGCAAAUUUAGCGACCUUGGAAGCGUACUGAGGUAGGAGGAGAAUAAUUAUUUAUUUAUUGUAAAACAAGUGAUUCAUUUCAUUUAAAACAAAUGGGGAGUGUCAUUAUUUGUAUUUACUAUAAAAUAUGUUUAUAGGUUUAAAAAUGUAAACAUGAUUUAUGCAUUGUUUGUGGAAGUAUGGUACGAUGGCAUUUGUAUUUUCUCGCUCAAAUUAAUGGGGACAUUGUCGCUUUCUCGGUCCGAAUAGCUCUAGCUACUUCUGGCUAUGAUUGUAAACAAUGUGAGGAGCCCUACAACCCGUGACGUCACGCGCACAUCGUCUGCUACUUCCUUUAAAGGCAAGGCUUUUUUAUUAGCGACCAAAAGUUGCAAACUUUAUCGUGGGUGUUCUCUACUAAAUCCUUUCAGCAAAAAAAAUGUCAAUAUCGUGAAAUGAUCAAAUAUGACACAUAGAAUGGACCUGCUAUCCAUCCAUCCAUACAUUUUCUACCGCUUAUUCCGUUUAAAUAAGAACAUCUCAUUUCAGUGGGCCCUUAAGUCGAUGAUUACUUCUAUGUGUAGAAAUCUUUAUUUAUAAUUGAAUCACUUGUUUAUUUUCCAACAAGUUUUUAGUUAUUUUUAUAUCUUUUUUUCCAAAUAGUUCAAGAAAGACCACUACAAAUUAGCAAUAUUUUUGCACUGUUAUACAGUUUAAUAAAUCAGAAACUGAUGGCAUAGUCCUGUAUUUUACUUCUUUAUCCCUAUUUUUCAACCAAGAAUGCUGUGCUUUGAUUAGGGGGUACUUGAAUUAAAAAAAAUUUUCACAGGGGGUACAUCACUGAAAAAAGGUUGAGAACCACUGGUUUAGGAUGUUGGUGAAGAGUGCAAUGCCCUCGCCACCAGACGGUGGCAGUGAUAAAAUGUACUAACUCUCAUGUUUGCCGGAAAUGCAUAAAAAAACAAAAAGGGUCGGCAUUGGCAAGAUGUCGAAAAUAGUCAGUCCCUUGUGUACAUAUUUCGGUAAUGUAAAAAAAUACUAUUAAACCCCGCCACAAUUCGUGCAUUAUACAUUUGUCUGCGGCUAAGUUAGCUUGUUUGCAGCUAACAAAGGAGUGCGAAUUCCCACUAGAAAUGGAACGCACAGCAACUGAAUUGUUUUUGAAAA